ACAGAGUUAACCUACACGACACGGUAGCACCUCCCUUUCUUUUUCUGCCUUUUCUCUUUUCUCUUCCUUCUCUUUCUCGUCUCCAUGUCUCAUUUUGCUGCUCUUUUCCUGUUUUUUAAAUUAUAUAUUAGAAGCAUAUGAGGCAAAAACAAUCUUUUGUCAUCUAUUUUCACUCAAAACAUUUCCCUAUAUUUGCGUUUCUCUAUUUCUUGCUAUCAGCUGCAAUUUAAGUCAGCGUUCACUUUUUGACCCAGAGGUGCCAUUUCAUCAAAACCCAAGCCAAACAGAUCUGACCAUGGAAAGUCCAGUUGGAACACAACGAGUGAAAACUGUGAUAUCUGCUCUCUGCAAAAUCCCUCUUCUCUUCCUGCUCCUGUACCUCUUCGUGUGCUCCCUUGACAUUUUAAGCUCAGCCUUCCAACUAGCUGGCGGCAGAGUAGCAGGAGAUAUCUUCCAGGAAAAUGCCAUCCUGUCUAACCCAGUGGCAGGGCUAGUGGUGGGAAUACUGGUGACAGUGUUAGUCCAGAGCUCCUCUACCUCGACCUCCAUUAUAGUCAGCCUCGUCUCUUCUGGUUUGCUGGAUGUUCAGUCAGCCAUUCCUAUUAUCAUGGGCUCCAACAUUGGAACAUCAGUCACCAAUACCAUUGUUGCUCUAAUGCAGGCUGGGGAGAGAGAUGAGUUUGAAAGGGCAUUUGCUGGAGCUACAGUCCACGACUGCUUUAACUGGUUGUCUGUGUUGGUGCUUCUCCCUCUGGAAGCUGUGUGCGGGAUGUUAAGGCGACUGUCACAGGUCGUGGUCGACACACUACAGUUCGGUACUGGAGAAGAAGCUCCUGAACUUCUGAAAGUCCUCACUGAGCCACUCACUGGAAUGAUUAUCCAGCUGGAUCAGUCAGUCAUUACAGCCAUUGCUACUGGAGACCAGAGUGUGAGGAACAAGACUCUGGUGAAGCGCUGGUGUCAAAGCACAACCAUAAAGGACAAUGACACAUCCUGGGGAACACACAACCUCUCAGAACAUACACUGAUAUGUAGGCAUCUCUUUGUGGACUGCACUUUGUCAGACUUGGCCAUAGGUCUGAUCCUCCUGGCCUGCUCUCUGUUGGUGCUGUGCAGCUGUCUGAUACUGCUGGUUAAACUGCUCAACUCCCUGCUGAAGGGCCAAGUAGCCAGUGUUAUUAAUAAAGUUGUUAAUACAGAUUUCCCCUUCCCUUUCACCUGGCUGGCAGGAUAUCUGGCACUACUAGUCGGAGCAGGCAUGACCUUCUUGGUUCAGAGUAGUUCUGUCUUCACCUCUGCCAUCACUCCCCUCGUAGGGAUCGGUGUUAUCAGUAUUGAAAGAGCCUACCCUUUAACCCUGGGGUCCAAUCUGGGAACCACUACAACAGCUACACUGGCAGCCCUGGCUAGUCCUGGAGAUAAACUAGCUGCUGCCACACAGGUUGCUUUAUGUCAUUUUUUCUUCAACCUCCUCGGUAUCCUGCUGUGGUAUCCCAUCCCAGCCACCCGUUUACCCAUACGCAUGGCCUGUGCACUUGGCAACUGCACUGCCAGGUACCGCUGGUUUGCCGUUUUGUACCUCCUUCUCUGCUUCCUGCUGCUCCCAUCCCUCGUGUUUGCCCUCUCCAUGGCUGGUUGGAAGGUGAUGAUGGGGAUUGGUGUACCAGUCAUUACGGUGAUCAUAUCUGGUGCAACAGUACACGUGCUCCAGGUGUGCAGACCUGAUUGUCUGCCACUUAGGCUGCAGAACUGGGACUUCCUUCCUGUUUGGAUGACCUCGCUGCAGCCCCUCGAUGACCUCAUCACCAGGGUGACCCUGUGUUGCAGGCAGGGAAGAGGUUUGAGCUGCAAGGGAAAUGAUGGCCCGGUAACAUCACUGGAGGGCAUUACUGUCAACACGGAGAGAAAAGUCAGAGAGGAAUGGGAGCCGAGUGAGGAAGGACAGGAGAGUAACAGCAGCUGGCAGAAACAAAGAGAACUGGACAGACAUGGAUGCUGUGACCUACAAGACAAUGAGGAAAACAACAGAGGAAACACAGCAACCGAUGUGUCUUCAGAGAACAACAAAUUAAACUUGGCUGCAGUGUGGUUCAUAAAGAAAGACACAAACAAUCAGGGCACUCAAUUCAGCAGUACUCGCUUGUAGUGCUUGUGUCUAAGGUGUGCUAGAUGUUGCAUGAAUAUACCUGUGAAGAAGUCAUCAAAAAAUAAAUAAAAAUGAUAGUCA